AAUGCAGCUAUAGCACAGGAGUUGUUUCUCCCAUGGGGGUGACGUGAUUGCUGCCAUACUAACUGGUUCAUUUCAUAUCUCUAGCAUUGCAAGAUAGAUCACAAAGAAACACAAGAAAGCUGAGACUAACACAGGAGGGAGACAGACAGAAGGACUCCUCAUUCUCCCCAGUCAUGGAUCUCCUUGGAAGACUCCUUCUACUCAUUGCUACACUGGCUAUUACUGUCGCAGAUAUCCCCUAUUAUGUGCCCCGUAUCACAACAAAGCCAAUUCUAGGAAAACUGACAUCUUCGAGUUUUGUGCUGGAUCAGCCACAAUGCAUCUUCCAUCAGUACAAAACAAGUCAGGUCUGGUUAGUUGUUGCUCUAAACAGAGUUAUUCCACAGCUCAGUUAUAUGGAGUUGAGUAAUCCAGCCAACAUUUCGUCAUUUGAAACAAACAGAUAUUAUCACACUCUACCUGUAAUUGGAGGUGACUACCCAUGUGCUGAUGUAUCUGGCAAACUUAAGGCAAUGAUUUAUGUGGGCUCUGAUGUAAAUUGCAGUAACCCUUUAUUCUGCAAUGGCCCUGUGCCCUCUCUUGGAACCUACCGAGUAAGAUUUGUUGUGCUGAAUGGGACAGGAAUGGAGACAGGAACACGCUGGUCAGAAGUAAUUACCCUGCGAAAAGGAAUCGACCCAUCUACAAUUAAUACAUGGCCAACAAAGUAUAGUUUCAGCAUGAUUGUCAUUACCACUUUACUUGCAAGUCUUCUGCUUGUUUUAUUGGUCUGUCUCAUUGUUGCUCUUGCACUUGGAAGUAAGGAUGUGUGGUGGUUCAAGAAUAUAGAUCUUAAAGAGAAAAAAGAACCAGCUGUGUCGGUGAAUAAAGAUUCAUUUUACAGAACUCAUCCUAUGUACUCUGCACAUAAUCGCAAACCAUACCUUACUAUGACAAAGGAGGUUGAAGACUACACAAUAACAUAGUAGGAAAACAAAGAACAGAUUAAAACAAGACCCUAAAGUUUCUACAUUUUACCCAGAAUUGAAAAUAUAUUGUUUUUUGUUUUUCGUGUUUUCGUUAUGAUUAUCCUCACACGUCAAUGCAAAUUACCUGGUGUAUCACUGUAAUGAAGAAAAUGUAAACUCUAAAUUAUUUUACUGAUGUAAACACACAAUAUUUAAACGUGUUAACUGCUUGUUAAGUGUAUUAUAAUAUAUUUAAUAAGACAUAAUUCUAAUUGCAUCAUGCAUUAAAACCCCCAAAUUGUUAAUUUGAAGAUCUGCAUACAGCCACUCAGUGGAAUAACUACAGUGGGGAAUGGGGCCAACUGCACCAUGGCCUACCUGUCUCCCAUGGUGCUCAGCAGCAACAAUGGCAUGCCAUAUGCUUGGCAGGUGGUGUGCUGUAGAAUGGGGCUCAUGGUGUUUAGUUCUGCCUCUGCAACCACUUACUAUCAUGUUAUAAAAAAAAUUGAAACCAAAGCACUAUUCCAAGUACCAUCCAACCGAAUUGACACUUGAAUGUCACAAAUGGCUGACUUGGAGCUGACACUGGCGUAAAUUCGCUAGUGUUACUUCGCACUCUUACGCCUGGCGAAUUUGCGCAAUGGACGUAACUACGCAA